GGCAACAAAUUUGGUAGGGAUAUGAAAAGCUCAGUUCAGAGUCAUGUACUAACAGAGGUCCACCCACUAUCUAAUCUUGGGACCAAAUCUUGUUUCAUCUGUGUUUCUCUACUUCAUUUAUCAUCUUUGUCUGCAGUAUACUCGUCUUUAGCUUCUAAUUUCUACUAUGAAACAGAUUCUAUAAUACUGUCCGGAGAAUUUCAUCAGGGAACUUUGGAGAGAAGAAAUAACCAAUGUCUAGUACUGCUGGUCUUGUGAUUCCCUGCAAAGCUGCGGUAGCAUGGGAGGUCGGGAAGCCGCUGGUGAUAGAGCAAGUAGAGGUUGCUCCACCACAGACUUUGGAAGUCAGAGUUAAGAUCAAGUACACUACUCUUUGCCGUACUGACCUUUUCUUUUGGGAAGGCAAGGGCAGUUCUGGUACACACUUGUUUCCUCGUAUUUUCGGCCAUGAAGCAGCCGGCAUUGUAGAAAGCAUAGGCGAGGGAGUGACUGAUUUCGAAGUAGGGGAUCAUGUUCUUCCAGUUUUUACUGGAGAAUGCGGGGAAUGUCGCCAUUGCAAAUCCGAAGAGAGCAACAUGUGUAGUUUGUUAAGAAUGAACCCUUAUCGAGGAGUGAUGCUAAACGAUGGGAAAUCACGGUUUUCUCUCAAUGGAAAUCCUGUCAACCAUUUCAUUGGAACUUCUACUUUCAGUGAAUAUACAGUAGUUCAUUCUGGUUGUCUUGUCAAGAUUAACCCAUUGGCACCCUUAGAUAAAGCCUGCAUCCUCAGCUGUGGUGUCUCAACAGGUUUGGGCGCGACUCUGAAUGCAGCAAAACCAAAGAAAGGCUCUACUGUUGCUGUUUUCGGACUUGGAGCUGUUGGACUUGCUGCUGCUGAAGGUGCUAGAAUUGCUGGUGCAUCAAGAAUCAUAGGGGUUGCUCGAAAUCCUGACAGGUUCGAGGAAGCCAAGAAGUUCGGUGUAACAGACUUUGUUAAUCCAAAAGACCAUGAUAGACCAAUUCAAGAGGUUAUCAGGGAUAUGACAGAUGGAGGAGUUGACAGGAGUAUCGAGUGCACCGGAAAUGUGGAUGUUAUGAUGUCUGCAUUUGAGUGUGUUCAUGAUGGAUGGGGAGUGGCUGUGCUUUGUGGAGUUCCCAGCAAGGAUGCAGUUUUUAUGACUAAGCCCAUUAAUUUGCUUAAUGAGAGAACUCUCAAAGGGACUUUUUUCGGCAACUAUAAGCCCAAGUCGGACCUCCCAGCUGUUGUUGAAAUGUACAUGAAUCAGGAGCUGGAUCUGGAUAAAUUCAUAACCCACAGAGUGCCCUUCUCAGAAAUCAACAAGGCUUUUGAGUUAAUGCAGAAUGGGGAAGGCUUGCGCUGCAUCAUUAGCAUGGAAGAUUAGAGCUCAACAAGAAUAAUCAUUUCCUUUCGUUAUUAGGAGUAUGAUUUAAACUUCCUUGUAAAAUCUGUAAAAUUGCAUCACUUAAUUGGUAAUAAUGUUGAUCGGAAUGAACAAGUGUACAAUUCAAACUUGACAGUUGAUGAUA